AUGUGCGAUGAAGUCCGCCCAAUCUGUGGGCGCUGUCUGCGAGUAGACCGCGAGUGCGUGUAUCCGCCUCAAUUCCACUUUGUCGAUACAAAUACUCGAUUCGCGGUGCCUGAGAUGGGAGAGCGACCUGCACUUCGGAGAACAGGCGCAGAGGAUUUGAAGACCAAGCUGAGCUUGCUUUAUGGAGAAGGCGAUGAGGAUGGAAUGAUCUAUAAGUUCCAAUUGCUUCGUUACAGGUCGACAACGCCCUCGUCAUCAUCAAGAGACUCCAGCCCCCCCGUACCCAAAGCUCCCAGUUUAUCACGAGGCGAGAAGCUUGCUUCAGCGUUGACCGCUUCGUUCAAAACCCCUCCCGAUGGGUACCGGCUACAUCACCUUGGCAGAUACAUGACUGAGAUACCGUGCCGCCUUGGUUACAAUCCCGCCCUCGAUGUUGCAGUAGAGUGUCUCCUGCAGUGUCAUACCCAAUUACUUGAAGCAAACCAGUUUCCUCAACCCAGUACUCAACCUAGCCCCGAGUAUAUGAGGGCUCUCCAAACCCUACAAAAUGUAAUUGCAGAUCCUGUCUUGGGCACUUCCGCCGAAACGGUCUGUGCCACCAUGUUGAUGGCCUACUAUGAGAUGAUUGCCCCAGAAAGGCGUCCUCACCAAUACAUAGCGCAUGCUGGGGGUGCGUCGAAGCUGAUAUCCGUCCGCGGUCCGUGGUGUGUACGCACAAGUUUUGAGUAUAGUCUUUUUCGCACUCAGCGAGGUCGAAUUGUCCUUGAGGCGUUGCUUCGAGGAGAACACUGCUUCCUACUUACAGGUGGAUGGGAAGACAUCUGCCCUGAGAAGCGUGACGGCAUCAAGUUUUCAAGCGUCGACUACCUUUUUGAAAGUAUCUGCAAUAUUUCCACACUCGUAAAAUACGUUGUAGAUUGGAAAGUCGAAGUAUCUGACUUGGGUAUGGGCGAGAUUAUAGAGUAUGGGAGGAAGCUGCAACAAGAACUGCGAGCGGCUUCGCCUCGGAGCUCAAUGGUUGGCGACUUCGAGGAUAAUCUUGGAUUCGAAGAGCGUCCCACUUCGACGCUAGAUGACGAUUUCCCACUCAGCUUCCAUUUCUAUUCGUCCGAGGGCGCUAUAUUCCAUACGUGGCGGUGGAUGGCCUUGAUAAUUGCAGACCUUUGUCUAGUUAAUCUUGUGGCUGAUCCAAGACUGCGACUGAGCAUUGCUGACACUGCGCGGCGAAUCUGCAUGUGCUAUGAAUAUGCAAGUUCAUCAAAGCCACUUGGAGCUCAGUUUCUGCAGGUACCAUUAAUCAUCGCAUACGUCGUGAGCGACCAGAAAGGCAAGAAUUGGAUUAUAGACAAGAUUAAUUUAUUGAUGGGGAGCCUUUAUGUAACAUAUACUGCGGAGUACUUGGAUUGCCUAUCGACGAUGAUAAUGAAGAAUAUAAAAUGA